AUGUCAGCAACCACGAUCGCUCAGAAGGGCAUCGAUGCUCUCGCGAAGGGUGAUCAUGCCACGGCCAUUAUAAAUCUCGACAAGGCACUCGAGUCUUCCAACUCGCCAGCGUGGCUCAUAGCUCGCUCCAAGGCACACCAAAAGGCCAAGAAUCUCGAAGCAGCGCUACACGAUGCCGAGCUUGCUUACCAUGCCGCAGCCGAACGUGGCUCUGGCACAUCACGCAGCCACAUGAUCCAAGCCCAGUAUCGCCGUGCUGUAAUCUACUACCAACUUGGACGUUUUGCUGAUGCAGACUGCUGCGCUAAGUGGAGUAUGCUGCUCGCCGAAGGUCGACCAGCGCGCGAGGACGAUGGUGUGGAAAAGAAGGUUGACUCCGAAGGGAAUUAUACGGUCACAUACGACGAGUUUCUUGCCGAUAAGGAAAACCAACCAAAACCAAAAACCUCUGAUGGUAAUGCUCUCGCCGCUGCCGAGAAGGGACCGUAUUCCACAGAUUGGAACAUGGCUUUCUCGUGGAGAAGCCAGGCUCUUGGAAGGCUCAAGAAUUUGCCAAAGGAUCACCCUGGCUGGAAGGUUAAUGUCACUAAGAUCCCGCCCAAGCCCGAAAAGAAGAAAGCUAAGAGCCCCGAGCCGGCCGAGUCGGCCAGUGAAGAUGAGCUUAAAGAGCAAAAGCCCCCCCAAAAGGAGGCUCCUGCCCCUGGAUCAGUUCCUGACGAGAAGAUGAAGCUGCGUAUUGACUUCUACCAGACCAACCAGACUGUCACCAUCAGUCUGUUUGUCAAGGAUGUCAAGAAGGAAGAUUUGAAGGUCGAAUUUGGCAAGCACCAAGUUCGAAUUUCUCCUAUCCCUCGAGAAGCCGCACCCUACGUCAAACCCGGUGAUAGAGAAGCCACUUCAACCCUUGUUCUCGCCGGCGAGAUUGAUCCCUCGGCCUGCAGGUGGUCCGCUUCGCCACGCAAGAUUGAGCUCGUCCUGCAAAAGGCCACUCCUGGUGUUAAAUGGGGUCGUUGGGGCGAGGAAAAGAUUGGCAUUGUCGAAUCCGACGAUCAAGAGCCUGCUAUUACAGCGACAUCAUCUUCUGCUGCCUCAACUGCCAAGCCAGCUCUUCCUUCGACCUCUACUCCCGCAAAGGUGCCCGCCUACCCCACGAGCAGCAAAUCUGGCCCUAAAAACUGGGACAGCCUGCCUGUCGAAGACGACAAGGAGGAUGGCCAGGAUAUCAAUGGCUUUUUCAAAACUCUCUACAAGGGCAGUACGCCUGAACAGCAGCGUGCCAUGAUGAAGAGCUUCCUCGAGAGCAACGGCACGACGCUGAGCACCAACUGGGAUGAGGUCAAGGAUAAGGUCGUUCCCACGGUGCCCCCAGAGGGAGUCGAGCCCAAGCCAUGGAACGGUUAG